AUAUAUAUAUAUUUAAUUUAGUCUACAAUCAGUUUUGUAUUCCAAAGUGUGUUGGACUGUCAAAUUUUAAUUACUGGGAUAAUUAUAUACAGAAGAAAGACAGAUUGUUGAGCUAUAUAGAGUUACGUUGAUGACCUAAAAGUUUAAUGAUACGGUACCUACAAGAGUUGAAAAAAUGAGUUGGAAAUUGUAAGUGGCAACCAAUUGAGAUGCUGAUAAACAUAUUGUGAUUUAGAAUAACUAAAAUGUUGCAUUCUUUCUAUACUAAUAGAACGUGCAACAGUGCAACACUGCUAUAUUCUCUGAAAAAUGAUACAGAAAGAAAACAGAAUAAUUCAAUAAAAUAAGAAAAGAAAGGUUGUCCUCCUGUCUCCAAUUGUGAAACAAUGUUUAAGAUAGUAAACUCCAGUUAAACGGGCCAAUCUCUAUUAGUUGUAAUAAUUAGAUUGUUAGUUUGACAAGGCAUAAAUAAUUAGAAGGACAAAGAGGAGUCUUUGGUUUUAGAGUGGAAAUUAGGAGGGAAAGUCCAAGGGCUUAUUUGUUUACUGUUUUCAAAAAUAAUUUUUGUUUACAAAAAUUUGUUUGUCUCCUGAGCACAUUUGGAAGUGUUUGUUCCCUAAGACAUUUUUGUUUUCUUAAAGUUUGUCUCCUGAGCAGAGAAGUUUAAGGAAAAAAAAGGAUGAGAAGCUGAGAAAGCAGCUCCCACUUGUUAUGUAAACAAUUUUCAAAUUUUAAUAGAUUUUGGAUCAGAAAUUGAUUGUCGAGUAUUGUUGAAUUGUUUUAGAAAACAGUUUUUAAAACAAAAAAAAAAAGGAAAAAAAAUAGAUGAGAUAGAGAAUCAAACAAACCACAAGUCUCUUGAGUACAUAAGGAGUAGAGAAGAGAUUCAUUUAUAUUGUAAAUCUGUGAUCUCUUGAGUACAUAAGGAGUAGAGUAGAAACAGGUCAGAAUGCAUUCUUUUUGUAAUUAAGAUUGGCUGUUUUCCACCAUUCUGAAUAUGUAUCUAUCAGUAUAUUUCCAUUCUUGUGAAAAUUAACAAUUGAUUACAAUGAAUUUUUAAAACAAUGAAAAUGAAGGUUGGAAUUAUUAAACAGAAAUUCUAGAGUUUAGGUGGCUUAAUCAUAUUAGCUAAAAGGAAAUUAUAGAUAUGGACUGGUGUUUUCUGGUUCGCAAUUUUAGGGGCUUGCGAUCUCUGAUUUGCGUGUGGCUCUCUGCUCCUCUUUGUUCUUCGCUUGGUGUUUGGCUGUUUUUCUUGUUCACUCAUGGCUAUGCCUGUUACUAGUGGUGGAGGUGACCCCAAUCCACCACAUGGUGAUGCUGCGCUACCUGUGCAUCCUGCUCCGGUGAACACCAAUCUGAAUCACACUAUUACUGAGAAGCUUGAUUUAACAAAUUAUUUGUUUUGGAGGACGCAGGUGAAACCCGUAAUUCGUGGUUACAAUUUGCUUCAUUUUAUUCACGAGGUUCUGAUUCCGCAGAGGUUUGCCACUGUUGAAGAUGCAAAUGCUGGCAGAGUAACUGAAACAUUCGAACUUUGGGAUCAACAGGAUCAAUUAUUGCUUUCCUGGUUGCAUUCCACAAUUUCAGCACCUAUUCUUCAAAAAUUCGUCAAUUGCAAGACUUCCUGGCAUCUGUGGGACAGAAUCAAUAAUCACUUUCACACUCACAUGAAUGUAAAGUGUAAUCACCUCCGUACUCUUCAUCAACUUACUCUUGAUGGACACACUGUUUCUGAAUUUCUAUCAGCGAUCCAAGAUCUAGUGGAUUCACUUAAUGCUAUUGGCGAACCCAUUUCAGUGCAUGAACACAUUGCUGUCAUUGUUGAAGGCACGAAUUGAAAGGUAUCGAAAGAAGGCUGUUGCUUUGGUUAAUGUGGCCUUUUCCUGUGUUGUGUCAUCCUCUGCACAAUCUGAUACCAACACUUUUUUCGCAUCUGCUACUGCAAACUAUGUUCAGCAGAAUUCCUACUCUUCACAUACUGAUUGGAAUCAGAAUCAGAAUGCUGGUCGUGGUGGUUGUAUUAAUGGCAGAUCUGGUGGCAGAGGGGGUCAUGGAGGACGUGGCGGUCAUAGUUCUCUGCAGUGCUAUAUUUGUCAGAAGUUUGGACAUGUGGCUGCAGAUUGUUGGCACAAGCCCUCAACUACUGCCUCUCCUUAUUCCAUGAUGUUUCGUCAGUCCUUUGUUACUUCUGCUUUUGGGACUCAGCUGCAAUAUCCCGUUGCCAAUUUUGUCACUCCGCAGAACCUCAAAUGUCUGUUCAACCUCAACAGCUUGUCCAACCCCAAAUGGUUCUUAUGCAGCCAAUGCAACAACCUGUUAUGCAACAGGCAUUCAUGCAGCACCCUCUCAUGCAGCAACCUGUUAUGCAACAACCAGCCAUGCAGCAAGUGGUUCCCACACAGAUGGCUAUGGUCUCCCCUCACCAAAUGACAAGUUACACUCCCAAAUAGAAUCAUGCUCUCAAGCUAUGACUAUUGGUUCAACUUUUGACCAAUCCAACAUUUGGUAUUCUGACUUAUGUGCCUCUCAUCAUGUCAAUGCCAAUGUUGAGAACAUUAAGCAGUGUUCUUCAUUUGAGGGUCUUGAUCAAGUGAUUGUAGUCAAUGGUCAAGGUCUGCUCAUCAAAUCUAUUGGUUCUUCCUCCUUUAUUUCUCCUUAUAAUCAUUCUGCUGAUCUAGUUCUAAAUAGAAUAUUGCAUGUUCCAACCGUUUCUAAAAACCUUUUGAGUGUUACAAAGGAUAAUUCAAUUUACUUUGAAUUUCAUCCUAAUGUGUGCUUUGUUAAAUCUCAGGUAUCCAAUGAGGUUCUUCUCAAAGGACAUCUUGGAUCCAAUGGCUUGUACACAUUUCCCAAGCUGUUGUCAAAUUCCACUUCUUCAAGCUCAAUUGCCAAGUCUACUUCUAAGACUGAUUUGUUGCCUUCCAUUGUAAAAUCCCACUUUCCUGUUAAUUCAGCCUCUAUAAAUACUGUUUGAGCCAACACUUGGCACUCUAGAUUGGAGCACCCAAGUGUUGCUACACAAAAACUUGUAAUGCGUUUGUGUAAUAUUCCUUCACCCUUGCAGCAGCUCCGUCAGUUUCUCCCCUUGAUCUUUGGCCAAUUUCUCCAAUGCUUCCACUUAGUUUUCCAUCACGAACACAAAUCCAACAGGUCAGAACAAUUGUUAGAAACCAAAAAUUGAAAUGAGAAAGAAAAGAAAGGAGUUUAUGACUAGUAAGAAAAGAACAGAAAAUAGGACAGAAAACUCUCCUCCAAGGGUUUCCCCUUCACAAAAGAUUUCUUCUUUCACUAAGAGCUAAUGCUCAAUCUACAAAUGAUAAGAUCUCUCUCUCUCCUAUUCUUUUCCCCCUAUUUAUAUCUAGUAAAUCCCUCUAUCUAACUAACUAACCCCUUAACUAACUAAUCAAUAUUCUAACUGUAACUUAUUAAUACUCUAACUAUGUUAACGAACUUUCCCUUCUCCUUAUAUCUUGAUAGUAGGGGUAGUAGGCCACAAGAACAAGGAUUGAAAUGAGAACAGGGAGGGACAUGUGCUAGCUGAUGAUGGAGAGAGAGGAAGGAUAGGGAAGAAUAACAGAAAUGCAGAAUGCCACCUGUCUAGAAAGGAGUGGAGCAGGAGGGUGUGUGAAUCACGAGGGAAUCAUGCAAAUCGUGCAAUAGAGGAGAAAGUGGGAAAAUAAAUGUCUAGAAAGGAGUGGAGCAGGAGGGUGUGUGAAUCAUGAGGGAAUCAUGCAAAUCGUGCAAUAGAGGAGAAAGUGGGAAAAUAAAGGGCUAGAGGGGAUUGGAAGAGGUAUCAGUUAUCAUUUCAGGGAAUUUUGGGGGUGCUAAGUAUAGGAGUUAUUCCUAUCUCAUAAAAAAGGAGUCACUCUUAUUUUUUCUUUUUAAUUCGAUCAUCUUGUAAGGAGCUAGUGUCCAUCCAUUAAAUUGUUUUUCUGUUACUUUACUCCAUAGGUAAUCCUUUUACUGAGGGCACUUCCUGAGGGUUCCAAAACCAUUUUGUGGAGAAUCAAUCAAAUAUUUUACAUUCAUUGUAUUAAUUAUAGUUUAUAGGCACAUGAUCUCCAUUUAGAGGAAAUUGAAUAUCCUCUUCAUUUUUGUGUAAUGCAAUAAGCCUAUAUAUAAUCAUUUGUGCCUCUGGUGUAUUUCAGACACACGGUUUCAACCUACUAUACUAUCCUUCUGAUUUAUGUAAUUUAACAUGGUAUCUAGUGACGUAGCUCCAUGUGGAGCUUGUAGGCCUUGAAUCUUCUUCAUCAAUGAAGUCCUUUACUUCUUGAAGAUCAUGACAACAAAAUGGAGAAGGAAGGAAGAUGAUUAGAGAAGUCACUUCAAGGAGAUGAGUAAAAAAAAAACUCACUGUUAUAGGAAGCUAUGGAUAAGAGUUUGAAGGUAGGAAAAGAUGAGUGGAGGGAGAGGGAGAGAAGGGACACAAAAUUUUGUGUCUCAAAUGAGGUCUAAACUUGAAAGUGUAAUUCUCAAAUGAUCAAAGUUU